UCCGUCGGUCCGUCCCCGAUUCACAGAUCACUUCAUCAUCUCCUGCUCUUCUGCGCAAGUUCCCCUGAGUUAUUUUGAUCCUCCCUCCUCUUCGUUUCUGUCUCAACUCCUCUGAAAAAAGCCCUCUUGAGCCCAUACACUUAAUUUCGACGGAAUUCGUCAGAGGUUCUUCGAAAUUAUCCGAGAUAAUCAAAGAAUGACGCUUUUGAAGAGGUAUGUGCUGAGAUUGUUUAUUUCGCUGAAGUACAUUACAGCAAAUGUUGUAGACAGAAAUAAUGGGAGGAUCGUUGCAACGGCGUCCACAGUUGAACACUCCAUCAAGAACACACUCGAGUGCGGUCGUUCUUGUAAUGCCAAAGCAGCCACUGUAGUUGGAGAAGUGUUAGCUAUGCGACUCAAGGUAGAGGGCCUUCAUCAGGGGGAGGGAAGAGGAAUCCAUGUUGAUGUCAACAAAGAGGUUGAGAAGAAAGGUUUUAAGAACCGCACCAAGAUUUGGGCCAUUGUCAACUCCCUUAAGAAUAGUGGAGUAAAGCUCAUCCUAGAUGAUAAUGAUGAUGACAACACUUCUAGGCCAAAUUUCUAGUAAAUUUCAGUCUGUUUGUUGAUAACAAUAUUGAAGAAAAAGUUGGGGAAUGUUUGGUAAUGGUAAACAAAUGACAAACGAUUCUGUUUCUGUUGUUGGGCUGAAUUUUUAAAUGGGCUCUCCCUGAUUCUUGUCUAGGGAACAUGC